GUCCCCUCUCGUGAUUGCAGUCCGGAAGUGCCGUGUCAUUACUCGAAAGCGAUGAACGCAUCGUGACAUACUCAUCAGACACUGAGCAGUUAUGAGGCCGUGGAUAUUCAAACAUGUCACACCUUCAGCCGCUCAACUGGACAGUUGUUGUCCUAACAUGCCAGCAAAAGGACAGUGUGUAUGCCUUUCAAAAAGAACUGGAGUUACGACAGCAAUGCGGUCACCUGCCACAAGAGGCGCUGUUGCUUACAGUGUCGGACCCUCAGCAGCGCCUGGGAAGCGGGGGAGCCACCCUCAAUGCUUUGCUUGUGGCUACUGAGCACCUGAGUGCCAGGGCAGGACAUACUGUGGUGACUGCAGAUGUGCUGGAUGAUGCCCACAUCCUCAUACUGCACACGGGCCGGGAUUUCCCCUGGGACAGCUGCGGUCGGGCGUUCAGCUGGCUGCCUGCACAGAGCCAGGCGAAAGUGGAGCAGCCUGUCUGCUGCUUGGACCUGCUGCUGGACUGUCUGACGAAGCAGAUCUGUCCCGGCUCUCCUCCGGGCGUGUGGGUGUGCAGCACGGACGCUAUGCUGACCCUGCCCACAGCCCCCGCCAUUUCCUGGGAGGGAUUCUCAGGGGUUCGAGUGGUCUCUCUGCCUGGCAGCGUCUCCUAUGCCACCAAUCAUGGGGUUUACCUCACUGAUGGGCAGGACAGAGUGCGUGACAUCAUUUACAGGGGCUCCGAGGACAGGAUCCGCCAAGCCAUGCAGACAGAUGGCAAAGUCCCUUUGGUCUCUGGGCCGGUGUUCUUCUGCAGGCAGGCUUCAGAGCGUCUGCUCCAGACACACGUGUCCUCCCCCCUGGAUGGCUGCACCUACAUGGGCAUGGACUCCGGGGCCCCUUCCUUACAGAUCUCCCUCUUUUUGGAUGUCCUUCUUUGCUUGUGUCUGGAUGUGAAUGAGAAGCAAUUCAUGGAUGGAGAGAGGCAUGGCUGCAUUUCCCCAGGUGGCCCACAGGGGGCACUGGUGAGGAGUGCCAGGGCAGUGUUGUGGAAGAUUCUGCGGGGGAUGCCUCUCACUAUGGUCUAUGUUCCAGAUGGCUGCUAUGAUUACUUGACCGUCUCAGGAGAUGAACAUAUCAGACGAAUUACAGAGAGAGAGAGUAAAACAGAAACCUUAUCACAUGUGCAGAAAUUGCAGCUGGUGAGUGAGGACAGCAAAGUGAUAAACAGUGUGCUGGAGGGAGACAUCAGUGUUAUGUCUGGAACUGUUAUCCAGCACUGUUGCCUGCAGGGGCCUAUGGUAAUACCAUCUGGCUGUUUUCUGUCCGGCUUAGACUUCACCUCCUCAGCCUUGUGCCAGUCGCUGCCGAGUGACAUCAUCAUCCAGAGACACCGAGUACAACUGGGAGACCUGAAACUUAUUGUCUUCACUGUACUGGGAAGGCAUGAUGACCUGGAGGCUUCAUGCACUGACCCUGCUGCCACAUUCCUGAAUGACAAAUGGAGCAGCUACUGCAGUCGCACAGGGAUACAGCCAGGAGAGAUUUGGGGGACUGCAGAUAAGGGAGCAGGACCUCCAUGUCUGCUGGAUGCCCGCCUUUUCCCCGUCCUCCUGCCUAGCAGGGGUGCUGUGGGGCUGGAAGGGGUGGAAUGGCUGCUGGAAGGGGCUGGAAGAGUGAAGGAGUGGAGGGAGGCAUGGAAGCUGUCUCUCAGAGAGGUGCUAUCCUGCACCGACCAGCAGGAGGAGCUGCACUGGAGACGGGAACUUUUCUUUCAGGCAGCACAGAGAAGAACAGUGGACACUCUGAAUGGCAGAACAGAGCAGAGCCUUCUCCCCAGCAUCAGGGCAGCAGUUUUAGGGGGGCAGCAGGAGAAUCUGCUGCAGGCGUUGGACUUAGUGGCAGCUGGAAGUAGUGAGGACCUUGGUGUAGCUGCCCGCUGUCUUGCCUGCGUGGCAGAUGUGCUGGGCUGUAUGGCGGGAGAAGGUCAAGGGGGUCUACGAAGUGGGCCAGCGGCAAAUCCUUGCUGGGCCCCAGCCUUUGGUCUUCUGGAGAAAGGGAACCUUUUGGGGGGUGUUAAAGCUCUGGCGGCUGAGAGAAAAAACUGGCUCAACAGGCCAGACUUACUUGUGAGGGCAGCAAGGCACUAUGAAGGGGCGGGACAAGUACUGCUUCGACAGGCGGUGAUGUCAGCACAGCGCUUCGUUACUAUUAGCCAGGGUGAGGUACCACCCAUUGGGGAGUGGCAGGAGUUUGAGUGUCCUGCACGACUGGAUCUUUCAGGGGGUUGGACUGACACCCCCCCGAUCGCGUUCGAGUGCGGGGGCACUGUGGUGAAUGUGGCUGUGACAGUUGAUGGAGAACGGCCAAUAGGUGCCAGGGCACGCCGCAUCAGGGAGCCUCGGCUGCUUCUGGUCAGCACCAGCGGGGGGCAGGACUGCAGGGUUACCACAGAGACUGUGUGCGAGACACUGCGAGACCUGGAGGACCACUGCCAGCCGCAGGCGCCCGGCGCACUCCUGAAGGCGGUAUGUGUGUGCAGUGGUCUGGUCACACUGUCUACCCAGCAGGCGCUGGUUGAUCAGCUGCUGCAGGGCUGUGGAGGGGGCCUGGAGCUGCAUAGCUGGUCACUCCUCCCCCAUGGCUCUGGGCUGGGUACCAGCAGCAUCUUGGCCGGGGCAGCGCUGGCUGCUGUGUACAGGUGUAUGGGACGCACGGUAGACACAAACUCCCUCAUUCAUGCCGUUCUGCACCUGGAACAGACCCUGACUACAGGUGGCGGGUGGCAGGACCAGGUGGGGGGUCUAGUGGGAGGAGUCAAGUUGGCACGCUCCAGUGCCUGCCUACCACUGAAGGUGCAGGUGGAGCAACUGAAUCUCACAGAGGACUUUCUGCAGUCCCUGCAACAGCACCUCCUGCUGGUCUACACGGGCAAGACACGCCUGGCCCGCAAUCUGCUACAGGAUGUGGUGCGGCGCUGGUAUAGCCGGCUUCCCUCCAUCGUGGAGAACAUCAGGCAGUUGGCGAGCAGCGCAGAGGAAUGUGCCCAGGCGUGCAUCGACGGAUCCCUCCCCAGGCUGGGCACUUGCGUAAACCGCUACUGGCAGCAGAAGAAGGUGAUGGCUGCAGGGUGCGAGCCUGCAGCAGUGCGGCUGAUGAUGAACGCCCUGCGGCCUCUAGCCCUCGGCCAGAGCCUGGCGGGGGCCGGAGGAGGCGGCUUCCUCUUCCUGCUCACCUCUGAGCCCAUGCAGAAGGAGAGAGUGAGGCAGGUGCUUUGCAACACGCAGGGCCUGGGGGAUUUCAGCGUUCACUCCGUGGAGGUCGACCUGCGAGGCAUCUCAUUCCAGAAGCGAUACGAGAUUGGCCAGCCUGGGGCCGUGUCAGAGGCGGAGGCUGGAAGAUCACCGUGACAGUUUGAAGAUGCAAGA